AUGUUUGUGAGUGAUUUUGGUAUGAAACAAUUUGUUUUAUUCAAUAAUCAUAUUAUAUCUGUAGGGGUAUACACGGUCAAUUUCUCCAUUAAAAACAAUUGUCCGUACACAAUCUGGCCUGGAGCCGUAACUAGUUCUGGCAAUACACUGUCGACAACCGGGUUCGAAUUACCAACAGGUACGAUAGUAAAGUCGACCAUUUCUUCACCAUGGUCCGGUCGGUUUUGGGCUCGAACCCAUUGUUCCAAGGACGCACGUGGAAAAUUUUCUUGUGGAACUGGUGACUGUGCCUCUGGCCAAGUCACGUGCAAUGGUGCUGUCGGAAUUCCACCGGCUACCCUCGUCGAAUUUACCAUAGCCCCAAACGGGGGCCAAGAUUUCUUUGACAUUAGCCUCGUCGACGGCUUUAACUUGCCCAUUUCGGUUGUCCCACUAGCCGUUAAAGGGCAAGACGGCACGGUGAUUGCCUGUAAAAGUGCAUGUAUCGCUUUCGAAAAGCCGGAAUUUUGCUGCAGCGGCGACCAUAACAAGCCAGAAACUUGUCCGCCCACCAAUUAUUCGACGAUAUUCAAGAAUCAGUGUCCUCAGGCUUAUAGCUAUGCAUACGAUGAUGAGACUAGCACUUUCAUAUGUUUAUAA